AUGGAUGUUGACCAGGGUCAAGGAGCUGUUGCUUAUCCUAAAGGAGCUGUUGGGGCAGCAGCAGCAGCAGGUAGUGUAGGUGGUGAACAGAGUUCUGAGACUCAACAGCAAAAUAUGGAUAUAGAUACAGAAUACUCUUCAGAUAAAAAUAACCAGUCCCAAGUUGAUGUUGAUUCUGGUAUUGAGACAAUGGAGGUUGACGAGAGUGAUAGAGUUGAGCACAAGAGAAAAAGAGAUGCAAGCUUUGGUUCAGAUGCUACAGAAACCCAAGUGUUAAACUCCAUAACUCGAAUAUUCUUUGUCUCUUGGCGUGAACAAAGAGAUCCUGGCACAUUACAUAUACCCUGUCUUGCUGAAGUUUUCAAUGAACAAACGAAAGACUACAAAGAAAUCAUCCAUCAAAUUUUGAUGGAAACAUUGUAUCUAAUUUACUCAAGUGCGGAAAAUCCCAUUACUGCUUUAAAGAAUGAUGCACCAGCAGUAUCACCUGUAAGAUUGUAUAGUUCAAAUCCUUGUAGUAUGAGUCCAUUGAUGUCACCAGAACAUGAAAGAAAGUUUACCUCAAAAAUUCAACCACAGAAGAAAAAGGAAGUUGAACUUAUUAACUACUUACUUGAUUGUUAUGAAAGUGUGGCUGUUGAAGAAAGAACUAAUCCAAAAAGAACCAGUAUCCCUCCUUUGAGUGAAGUGCUAUCCAUUGCUCGGUUACAGUGUGUACGUUACACUGCACUAGUGUUGCAAGGAAUUCUUUUCGCAAAUAGAUCUGAAACUGCGUCCACAUUGUUGCUGCCAUACCUCCUCUCUCACAAUCUUCCACGGGAAUUUCUUUCACUUCUUGUCACUACACUGCCAGAUAAAGAAAGUUUAAGAAAGAUUUUUGUGCCUAUCAUCCACCGUCUUGGUCAGUUGGUCUCCUGUUUAUCACUGGAUACUGAUGACUACAAAGAACCCUUAUCAGUUCUUUCUGAAUUAUGUGAAAUUAAACUGUCAAACAACUGCCGGCCAAUUUGUUCUUUGAUGGUGUCUCAGCUAAAUUGGUUGCCAAAGGAUGUAUCAAACACAACUGGUUUGGAAAUGGAAAAACUAACUCUGCUUGGUCCUUUCCUAACACUCUCUGUAUUUGCUGGUGAUAAUGUAAAAGUUGUUGAAAAGUAUUUCUCUGGUCCACAACCUACUCAAGAAAAUACUCGAUUAAUUUAUCAAACUUUGCAGCAUGGCUUAGAAUAUGCCAGAGCUGAACAGUACAAAAUAAUGCAUGCUAUCCUUGUGAAUUCUGAAAGCAGAGAUGCUGCCAUGAAACUAAUUGAAAAAUUUAUUGAAAGGAAUGUGAAGAAAUCUCAAAUUCAGGUUGAUGAAAGAUAUGUAGCUGGAGAUGGUUUUAUGUUAAAUUUACUUACUGUUUUACAAAUGUUAUCCAUGAAGAUCUCUUUGGAUAAGGUUGAUGUCUUAUAUCCAUAUCAUCCAAAUUGCCGAGUUGAUAUUAAAUCAGAAUCUAGAAUUAAAUGUACAUCCCAGGAAAGUGAAGAUCGGUUAGAAAGACUCAAUAAAACUGAAACUUGGCAAGACCCUAAGUUUUCCACUGAGUGUUUCUUCUUGACCCUACAUUGCCACCAUAUUUCUAUCCUGCCUAUUUCAAGAAAGUAUCAGCGCCGUCUUGUCAUUAUCAGAAAUUUACAUAGGGUCAUUGAAGAGUUAGAAAGCACAGAAACCCAAUGGAAAGAUACACUAAUAGCUGCAAGAAACAGAGAAUCAUUAAAGAAGUGGAAAGCUCAAGUUAAGCGAUUACAAACAAGCAAGCUGUGUUCUAAUGCUGGUCUGUUGGAUGAAUCUCUUCUCCGUAGAUGUUUGCAGUUUUAUGGUUUAGUUGCUGACUAUUUAUUAAAAUUAGCUGACCCAAAACAUCAAGGUUCCACUUUACCUCUUCCCCAAGUCACAAAUAUGGCUUUUGCAGCUCUUCCAGAGUUUUAUUUGGAAGAUAUUGCUGAUUUCCUCCUUUUUGUAUUACACUACAAAUGUGAAGUGCUCGGUAGUGAACCUAGUGUCAACCAGUUGGUGCGCAUGCUGAUUGUAUUUGUGUGCAGCUCAAAUUACUUUAACAACCCUUAUCUAGUGGCUAAACUUGUUGAAGUUUUGUUUGUAAUUAGCCCAAGCUUUCAGCCACGAACUGCCAAGUUAAGUGAAAUGAUGCUUGGCCACCCACUAGCACUUAAUUACAUGGUUCCUGCCUUAAUGCAAUUUUAUACAGACAUUGAAACUACUGGAGCUAGCAGUGAAUUUUAUGAUAAGUUUACAAUACGUUAUCAUAUCAGCAUCAUCUUUAAAACAAUGUGGGGUAUUCCAUCCCAUCAGAAAAAAAUUAUAGAAGAAGCUCAGAAAGGCAAACAGUUUGUAAAAUUUGUUAAUAUGCUAAUGAAUGACACCACAUUCCUGCUUGAUGAAAGCCUUGAUUGCUUAAAACGAAUUCAUGAAAUGCAAGAACUUCAAGAUACUGAAGUAUGGGCAACAUUAACUAGGGAAGAACAGCAAUCUCGUCAACGACAGCUUUCUAUGGAUGAACGACAGUGCAAAUCCUACCUCACUUUAGCUACAGAAACUGUAGAAAUGUUCCAUUAUCUCACUGAACAAAUCAUUGGUCCAUUUCUUACUCCUGAAUUAGCUGAUAGACUUGCAGCAAUGCUGAACUUCAACCUUCAGCAACUUUGUGGCUCUAAAUGCAAAAACCUAAAGGUUAAGAAUCCUGACAAAUAUGGUUGGGAACCUAAAAAAUUACUCGACCGUCUCACAGAUAUUUACUUACACUUAGAUUCAAGUGAUGAAUUUGCUAUAGCUAUUGCAAAUGAUGAGCGUUCUUAUCGUAAAGUUUUAUUUGAUGAUGCUAUAUCCAGGUUACAAAAAACCUGUAUUAAAACUGAUCGGGAUAUUGAGCAGUUUCGCCAACUACAGCAGAAGGUUGAAGCAAUAGUUGAUCAGAAGCAACGUGCAGAAAUUGAUUUUGGAGAAAUACCUGAUGAAUUUAAGGAUCCAUUGAUGGAUACUUUAAUGAAUGAUCCAGUUCUUUUACCUAGUGGAACCAUCAUGGAUCGACCUAUCAUUAUGAGACACUUGUUGAAUUCCCAAACUGAUCCAUUUAAUAGGCAAACUCUCACAGAGGAACAACUUGUCCCAGCAACAGAACUAAAGGAGAGAAUUCAAAGCUGGGUUCAAGAGAAGCGGAAUAAUAGCCAAAGCAAUUCCUGA